CGGCCCGAUCGAUGGGCUCGCGAGAAAUGUCUCGCGGAGGGUGAGGCCGCCAUUUUAGAUGGGGAACGGAACGAACGGCGCCUAGUGAGGAGCGAGUCCGGGGGGGCCGCGGAGCUUGCGUGGAGGAGGAUCCUGGCCUAAGUCACUGCACAGGAUGGACCUGCUCUGGGGAUAAAUCAAGAUUUUACUGUUCCUUAGGCUGUAUCAAUGGAGCACAUUCAGGGAGCUUGGAAGACCAUCAGUAACGGUUUUGGAUUCAAGGAUUCUGUCUUUGAUGGAUCAAACUGUAUUUCACCUACUAUUGUUCAGCCGUUUGGCUCUCAACGCCGAGCUUCUGAUGAUGGCAAGCUCUCAGAUAUGUCUAAGACUAGUAAUACCAUUCGGGUUUUCUUGCCUAAUAAGCAACGCACAGUGGUAAAUGUGCGGAAUGGGAUGACCCUACAUGAUUGUCUUAUGAAGGCGCUCAAAGUCAGAGGUCUGCAGCCAGAAUGCUGUGCAGUUUUUCGACUUUUUAAUGAACAAAAAGGCAAAAAAGCGCGCUUGGAUUGGAAUACAGAUGCUGCUUCCUUGAUUGGAGAGGAACUGCAAGUAGAUUUCCUUGAUCAUGUUCCACUUACAACACACAACUUUGCUCGGAAGACAUUUCUAAAGCUUGCCUUCUGUGACAUAUGCCAGAAGUUCCUGCUAAAUGGGUUCCGGUGUCAGACGUGUGGCUACAAAUUCCAUGAACACUGCAGCACUAAAGUCCCAACCAUGUGUGUGGACUGGAGCAAUAUCAGGCAACUCUUAUUGUUCCCUAAUUCAAAUAUCAGUGACAGUGGUGUCCCUGCACUACCUCCCUUGACAAUGCGACGGAUGCGUGAGUCUGUCUCCCGGAUGCCUGUUAGUUCCCAGCACAGAUAUUCUACGCCUCAUGCCUUCACAUUCAACACAUCAAAUCCUUCCUCUGAGGGCUCCCUUUCCCAAAGACAGAGAUCUACAUCCACCCCAAAUGUCCAUAUGGUCAGCACUACCAUGCCUGUAGACAACAGGAUAAUUGAGAACAACAGCUUGAAUGCUUCUCCCAGUUCCUGGUGCAGACGAUUUUGUUUGAGGGGAAGAGAUGCAAUUCGAAGCCACAGUGAGUCAGCUUCACCGUCAGCUCUGUCUGGAAGUCCCAACAAUAUAAGCCCAACUGGCUGGUCUCAAUCCAAAACCCCAGUGCCAGCCCAAAGAGAGAGGGCUCCCGGAUCCAACACACAAGAAAAAAACAAAAUUAGGCCUCGUGGACAGAGAGAUUCAAGUUAUUAUUGGGAAAUAGAAGCAAGUGAAGUUAUGCUCUCGACCAGAAUAGGGUCAGGUUCUUUUGGAACGGUUUACAAAGGCAAAUGGCAUGGAGAUGUAGCAGUAAAGAUAUUAAAGGUGGUAAAUCCAACCCCAGAACAGUUUCAGGCCUUCAGAAAUGAAGUGGCUGUAUUAAGGAAGACCCGGCAUGUUAAUAUUUUGCUGUUCAUGGGCUACAUGACUAAAGACAAUCUGGCUAUUGUUACGCAGUGGUGCGAAGGGAGCAGUCUGUAUAAGCACCUGCAUGUACAAGAGACCAAGUUCCAAAUGUUCCAGCUCAUUGAUAUUGCCCGACAGACAGCACAAGGAAUGGACUAUUUACAUGCAAAGAAUAUCAUCCACAGAGACAUGAAAUCAAAUAAUAUAUUUCUUCAUGAAGGCCUCACAGUGAAAAUAGGAGAUUUUGGUCUGGCAACAGUAAAAUCCAGAUGGAGUGGAUCUCAGCAGGUGGAGCAGCCUUCUGGUUCAAUCCUCUGGAUGGCACCAGAGGUGAUCCGGAUGCAGGAUAAUAACCCAUUUAGUUUUCAAUCAGAUGUCUACUCCUAUGGAAUAGUAUUAUAUGAACUGAUGACAGGAGAACUGCCAUACUCCCAUAUUAACAACAGAGAUCAGAUCAUUUUUAUGGUUGGUCGAGGUUAUGCAUCUCCAGACCUCAGUAAACUGUACAAGAACUGUCCCAAAGCUAUGAAGAGGCUUGUAGCAGAUUGUGUGAAGAAAGUUAAGGAGGAAAGACCUCUAUUUCCACAGAUACUGUCUUCCAUUGAAUUGCUGCAGCAUUCUUUACCCAAAAUCAACCGUAGCGCUUCUGAACCUUCUCUGCAUCGUGCAGCCCACACAGAGGACAUAAAUUCAUGCACAUUAACAUCCACAAGACUACCUGUUUUUUAGGAUUGCACGCUCUCUUGCUCUAACCAAUAAUGAGAAAGAAAAACAGUCAUAACAGUUGUGCUUUUAAUGCCUCAAUCUACAGGAUUGCAAUGCCAGCAGGAUUAUCUGUCUCCCAGUUUUAAGAACAAGCUGCUAAGGAUUUCUACAGUUUUAAUCCUACAGGGACAUUUCUCCUCGUUGCCUUUUUCUACCAUUUCUUUUAUUGGGAUAGAGUUAACUGAGACUGUAAUCAAGAAAAUCUAUUACUAUUUUUUUAAUAGAUGCACUUGAGCCUUAUUUUCCCAUAAGCAGAAAAGAUGGACAUUUCUUUGGCAGUUUUUUUUUUUUUGGAUUCUGUUUAAUAAAUUGGUAUUUUUAUAGCAAGGAUGGCUCAGCAUUUGAGGAAAGAAAUAUUGCAGAUUGGUACUGUUCUUUGGAUGUCCCAUGCCAUGUGCCACUGUAAAGUUGAGGGAUUUUGAUUAAAAUGGCCAUUUACAAACAGGACUGAUGAAAGGAAGAAACGAAUUCUGGCGAUCAGCUUCUGCAAAGAGUACUCAUGAAGCAGAUGAAAUCUGUUAUAACGAAUUGCUAAGUCAACACAAAAAUAGUUUUGCACAUAGAAGAAAAACUUCUGCAGAGGAGUGGAAUAUAUUCUGAAUAGUACUGCUCAGAGAAGGAAGCUAGCACAAUCUUGCUAUGGUCCUCUCCAGUAACUUAAGAAGCUUUUUUGGUACUAUUGACUUGUUUCUUACAGCCCAAUGAGGUAUCAAGUGCGGAAUGACAGGCUUUUUUUGGAUGAGGAAAGGCUAAGUAACAUUAUCAGUAUAUUUCUGCAAAACACGCAGCAACUUCAACCCAUUUGAAGCUGUCUUCCGAGAGAUGCACUAUAAAAGAGGAAACUGAGUGUAUACAGUUUUUCUUUCUGAUUUGGGUUUUAAUUUUGUUUGUAUUGCUCCCAAGAAAAUGCCUUUAUUGUAAACCAAGGUUCCUCUGAUUAUCUUAUUUUAAUAAAAUAAAUUAAAUUUAGGUUUAA